AUGGCCAAUGUCUGGGUCUGUGGUGCCACCACAAUCGCGGUCACCAUCGAUGUCAGAGGCUCCAGGAAACACCGAAGCCAGGUGGAAAGGAUUGUUGACAAAAAAAACAAGAAAGGAAAGACAGAGUAUCUGGUGCCUUGGAAAGGCUAUGAGAGCGAGGAUGAUACGUGGGAGCUGGAGCAGCACCUGGUGAACUGUGAGGACUACAUCCAUGACUUCAACCGGCGCCACAGCGAGAGGCAGAAGGAGGGUAGCCUGGCCCGUGCCAACAGAGCCUUCCCCAGCAACGUCUGGAAGCAGAUCUCCAGGUCCACUCACAGCAACCUCCCCAAGACCACCCCCAAAGCACUUGUGGUAGGCAGAGAUCAUGAGUCCAAAAACAGCCAGCUGUUGGCUACCAGCCAGAAGUUCAGGAAAAACACAGCCCCGUCUCUUGCAAACCGCAAGAACAUGGACCUCGCCAAGUCAGGGAUCAAGAUUCUCAUGCCUAAGAGCCCUGUAAAGGGCAAGACCUCGGUGGACGGCUUUCAGGGGGAGAGCCCUGAGAAGCUGGACCCUGUGGAGCAGGGUCCCGAGGACACCACAGCACCAGAGGAGACUGCAGAGAAGCCCAUUGGAGCUUUGCUGGGCCCUGGUGCCGAACGAGCCAGGAGGGAGCAGGCCCGAAUACAUCCACAAGUGCCUCAGGUUUCUGGCCCUGUGACUGCUGCCAUGGCCACGGACUUAGCUGUUAAUGGAAAAGGUACAUCUCAGUUCAUGGAUGCGCUAACUGCCAAUGGAACAGCCACCAUACAGACGUCUGUUACAGGAGUGACAGCCGGGAAAAGGAAAUUUAUUGACGACAGAAGAGACCAGCCUUUUGACAAGCGGUUGCGUUUCAGUGUGAGGCAGACAGAGAGUGCCUACAGAUACAGAGAUAUUGUCGUCAGGAAGCAAGAUGGCUUCACCCACAUCUUGUUAUCCACAAAAUCAUCAGAGAAUAACUCAUUAAACCCAGAGGUGAUGAAAGAAGUCCAGAGUGCCCUGAGCACGGCUGCAGCCGACAACAGCAAGCUGGUGCUGUUCACCGCUGUGGGCAGUGUCUUCUGCUGUGGUCUGGACUUUAUUUAUUUCACGGACGACAGAAAGAGAGAAAGCACUAAGAUGGCAGAUGCUAUCAGGAACUUCGUGAAUACUUUCAUUCAGUUUAAGAAGCCUAUUAUUGUAGCAGUUAAUGGCCCAGCCAUUGGACUAGGAGCAUCCAUAUUGCCUCUUUGUGAUGUGGUUUGGGCUAACGAAAAGGCUUGGUUUCAAAUACCCUAUACCACCUUCGGACAGAGUCCAGAUGGCUGCUCUACUGUUACGUUUCCCAAGAGUAUGGGAGGAGCGUCUGCAGAUGAAAUGCUGCUCAGUGGGAAUAAGCUGCCGGCUCAGGAGGCAUGUGGCAAGGGCCUGGUCUCCCAGGUGUUUUGGCGAGGGACCUUCACCCAGGAAGUCAUGGUUCGCAUCAGGGAGCUGGCCUCGUGUAACCCAGUUGUCCUGGAGGAAUCCAAAGCCUUGGUCCGCUGUAACAUGAAGGUGGAGCUGGAGCAGGCCAACGAGAGGGAAUGUGAAGUGCUGAGGAAGAUCUGGGGCUGUGCCCAGGGCAUGGACUCCAUGUUGAAGUAUUUGCAGAGAAAAAUUGAUGAGUUUAGAUUGGCCGACUGA